AUGGCCACUCACGUGUUGAGAAGGCCCACGGCCGUGUAUCGGGUCGCGGACCUCCAGGAGCUGCCGAUCCUGGCGUCGGGCCACGCGAACGCGGACCUGGCCCAGCUGAGGGGCGACGCGCGCCUAAGAGCUACGGCGGACGAGAUUCAUCGCGCCCUGGACGUGCGCCGCGAGGACGACAUCCGAAGAGGCUCUCCUACGUCAGUAGGUGAUUCCCUGGACUCGGACUCGUCGGGUAGUGGGAGGAGGAAGCGCGCCACCGAUUCACCACUCCGAAAGAAAUCGCGGCGGCGGACGGCCUCCUUCGCUCGAUCAUUAUUACCUACUGAAAGAGCUUCCUUCGACGCGUGUUUGAGGGACGUGUUGGCGCACCGCGGGCUGGCCGAGGACCAUUUGCCUCUCCUGAACAGAACCGCCAAGUGUGCCGUGGCACGGAACGCGUCGUCCGCGGGUGCUCGCAGAGAACUCCACGCGUUAGUGUGCAACGGCGAGAAGCUGUCCGUGGUCCGUUCUUUAUCCGCCUGCGCCGCGGCCGGCCUGGCCCCGAGGUUCUGGAAUUGUAGUACGGAACCGGAGGGCCUCGUCGAGGCGGUCCAGACCCACGCCCCGUUCGUGAUGCGAGGGCGCGCGCGGCGCGACGACGCCUUCGGGUCUGCUAUGAGAGCCUUAGGUGACGACGCGACGCUGCGGAAAGUGGCUCCCGCAUCAAUCGUCGACGUGCGGGAGCACAGUGUUCAGUUGAGAGACGGCGGGCGGCUCUACGCCCCUUCCUCAAGGUCGAUGCGCGUCGAGGAGGCUUUAUCUAAUCGGGACCGCCACAUUGUAACGGCGUCCUGUGACGCUUUAGGCGAAGCCGCCUCUGCCUUAAGUAGGACGGCGCCGGACUUCCACCUCGGAAGUCCCACGAGUACGGUGUUACAAUUGUACCCCGCGGACGGCGCGGCGCCGCCGUCUCGACAUUUGCGGGAGGUCAUCGUUGUGUGCUGUGCCGGGUCGUUCGCGCUGCGCUGCGCGCCGCCGUCGUCGGCGCGGGAGCUGCCUUUAUCGGCGGGCGAUUUGUUAAGAGUCGACGUCGAGCGCGACGCCGACGCGCUCGCUCCUUUGGACGGUGCGCAACACGGCGUCGAUUUUCAUGUGGACGCGGGGGACGUUGUGUAUCUCCCGGCGGGCUACUACCGCGGCCUCCGCGCGAAGGACGCGAGCACGUUGCUGAUUUAUGGGUUUGCGCCGUCCCCAAGGAAAGGGCGCGACAACGACCAGGACGAGCUCAGCAGUCCGGCGCCGCACCCCGAGGAUUUGUUGGACGAGUCGUCGUCGUCGGAGUUAGGCGUCUAA